GCACUGGAACGGUCACUUCCUGGUACUGUGUGUUUAUGUGCAGCGGCUCAUUUAAACAUGAAUAACGAAUCUGAUACAGAUCGUGAAAUAGACGAAAGAAUCGAAAUAUUGAAGAAUAAAUAUCUGCAGAAGACGCAUCAGCAGGUGUCCAGUAUCUCGCACACAUUUGGACUGACAUCAGAAGAUGCUGGGAGGAAGAAGUUUAGAGAGAGAAGAGACCUUCACAGGACUCUUUCUGAUCCACCUCAGAGUGAAGCUUAUAGUGAUGAACAUGAUGGUCUUGAAGAAACAAACAUGGUUUACACAGAGACAGAUGUGACGUUACCAUCGAAUGUGACCCGUUCCUCAAGCUGGUGUGUGAGGGAGUUGAGGAGUAGAGAGGUCAUGGAUGGAGUUCAGAGCGGCGCAGCAGCCGUACACGUGUAUCAGGAGAUGAUGCACAUUUAUGAGAAGCUGCAGACGGAGCGUGUCAGUCAGCAGGUCUGGGCUGCAGAACUGUGCGAGCGUGAGCGUGAGCUGCAGCGGAGAGAGAACACACUCCUGCAGCACCAGCGCAACAUUCACAAACUCAGAGGAGCGGACGAAGAGGAGCUACAGCAGCAGCAUCAGCAAGAGACAAGUGAGUUAAAAGAAGCUCUGAAGCAGAAGACUAAAGACAUGAAAAGAAUCAAGUCCAGUUUUGAUUCUCUGAAGGAAUUAAAUGAUUCUCUGAAGCAGCAGCUGCAUGACGUCAGGGAGCAGAAGAGAAAGUUGGAGAGUCAGUGUGGUAAAGUUCAGGCUCGUCUGGAGAAUCUGCAGAGGAGGUUUGAGCACUCGAAGGCACACAGCGGGUCAGAAGAUGUCUUUCCUAAACCUAACCGCCCCAAAGCCAGCACAGAAGAUCAGCCACCGUCAGCUAAAACAAUCAGGGACGGCGGCGCUCAUGGACCAGCAGUUAAACUCACAGCGCUUCUGCUGGAUUGGGUCGUGGAUGAGCAGCUGCUUGAGUUCAGAGAGACGUCCAACAUCAGCGGCCGUCUGCCGUCACUGCAUCACAGAUGCUCAACGGUUCUGCCGCUGCUGGUGGAUUUUCUGCAUCAGAUGUCAGUGAUGGAGUCGUCUCUUCAGUUAUCUCUGCUGCGCUGCGUUUACUGCUGUCUGUCACAACUACAACACAGCUCACAGCACGCUCCUCUCACCUCCACAUUGAGGAGAUUGGGUGAGGCGGUGUCUCGUGCAGCGGGUAAAGAGCGCCGCAGCAGCUCUCGGGUGUGUCCUCUGUUUAAGAGCUCGUGUCCACACACUCGCUUCCUGAGCAGCCUCAUCAUCAUCAGAAGCAUCAGUCAAGUGGAUGUCUUGGCUCAGGCUCUGGACGUGUUGAGGUGUGAUGUGAGGACAGAUGAAGGUCAGCAGUUGUUUCUACAGUAUCACGCUCUCUCGGCUCUGUUGACUCUGUUGAGAGGUGGAAGCCCUCGACCUCUGACCCUGUCGGUGGAAAUCCUCCUUCAGAUGAGCACACAGACACUGACACUGAACAGACGCAGUGCCACACGCUCAGACUCCAGCUGCUCUGCCAAUUAAAGACAUUUUUACAGGAGAAGCAUCAUGGGAAGGCGUGAAGGUGAGGGUGAAGUCACGCCUGAAGGUCACAUCACACUCGACCUGUGUUUAAUGCGCUCCACGUGUUCGAGUCCAGCAGACUUCUUUUGAAGUUCUUCAGCCUGUGUAGGUCAAAGAUAACAGAUGUGCUGUUCACCUCAACCCAGAACACUAUCACAGACACCGGGCACAUCUGUGGAAAACAUACUCAAAAUACUCACAAAAGACUUGUUUGUUUGUUUUCUAUAGAUGCAUCAUGAUGGCGCGUCUCUCGCUGAACUGAAGCUAUAUGAUGACUGCAUUCAUUUAUUCAUUUAGAAUCGUAAUAUGAUUUCUUUUAGAUGAAUAACUUCAGAAUACAAGCUGUACUCAUGAAUGAAGCGAUUGUUGAGAUCUCACGGGUGGUUCUUCACACUGACGUGAAGCAGAUGAAAAGCAGGAUUGUUCAGUGAGAGAAACUUUACAGCAUCAACAUUGAGCCGUUCCAAACAUUGAGAAAUCACAGAAGAACUGCAGAUGAGGUCAUAUGAUGCCAGGAAACAUUCAGAUCAUGCUUCCUGAGGACAAUGGUAUUGCUCAGAUCUUUCUCUUAGGGAUGCACGAAAAAUUAUCAGCAAUAUCGAUAUAAAUUGUCAUUUAUUAUGUUAUCAGUAUCGGCAGAUAAUACAAUUUAGGUCGAUAUAUUAUAGCCAAUAAAUCGUUUCCUCUGGUUAAAGUUCUUCAGCUGCUCACAGUUUAAAUACAGUUCAGUACUGUCUAUCAUCAACAUCACUUACUGAUAUGAGCAAAACAUAAUUCAUUAUUUAUGAAUGUGUCAAUUAUAGGAACAAAAUCAUAUUGUUUGAAUCAGACUGAUGUCUGUCUGGAGAUGUGUUAGACAUGUGGAUGUUAAGAACUCUUCUCUGGGUUGCUCUGGAAGAACAUCUAUCAUUUGUUUAUUUAAUAAAGUUUGAAGGUGAACGAAUGGUUAACUAGUGUAAAGUAGGUUUGGAACAUGAUAUUCUGAUGGUGACCUCGUUUCCUUCACUCAAUGUUUUCAAAUAAAAGCAGUUGUCCACUUUUUGCAUUUUGUUUCAGUCUUUUUCAAUUUUAUAUUAAUAUUUAGAAACUGUAUAUCGGCCAUGUAUCGGUUAUCGGCUUCGUGUGUUAAAGAAUGAUCAACAUUAUCGGCCAAAAUGUACACAUCGGUGCAUCCCUAGUUUUUCUCUGCUCGGAAGAACACAGUUUGAAAUGAAAAGAGAAUGAGUGAGCGCAUCAUCAGAGGUGUAAAUGAAUGUAGAUUGUGGAGGUGAAAUCAUCUAGAUGGUCAUCUGGUCAUGUGAUGAGACAUGUUUGAGUUGAUAUUGAGAUCUUCACUAAUAUUGACUUUUGACGAGACGAAUCUGAGCUCAGUUUCUGAAACAGACAUUUGUGAUGUUCUUUUCUCAGGAGGAAUAUCUGAGACACACGUGAGACAUAAGCAAAACAUAUAGAGUUUGUUCGCUCUUGAUGUGUUGGAGAAAUAUCAGAUGUUGUGCGUUUCAUGUGUGAUUGAUUUGGUGUCUGUCAGUGGGCAGAAGUGUUAUUUUAUUUCUUGUGUUUUUCAGGACUUGUGUCUGCUUUUCUGGACGAGUGCAGUAAUGAAGAAUUCUUCCGCUGUGUCUCGCUGGUUCUGCGUAAUCCUCGUUUGGAUCCGGCGUUGUUUGAAAAGAUGUGUGUCGUCCUGCAGAAGCUCUCCAGUAUUCGG